UUUUUUAGCUGCUUGGUAACAUCUAUGGAAACGUGGAAAUGCAAUGUAUUAGAUAACAUUUAAUAAACAUACAAAUGUAGACACUGGUGGGCGAUAUAACUGCUGAAAUUUAUCUAGUUAUCUUUAUUAACAGAGAGUUACGUCAGUGACCAGAGGAUGCCUGUGGCAGGUACCCAGGCUGCCCAGGCAUGGCUGCGUGCCACAUGGCACAUCCAGGUGCCUCAGACUUGGCUGGAUGCCUGUGUUGAAUGGGUAACAGAGGAGGCAGGUGGCGUAGCCUUGCCUCAAACUGAGCUCAACCAGCAAGUCCUGGGCCAGUGGCUUCUCACAGACCUCUGUGACUUAGCACAUCCUGUUCUGCCUGCUGGCAUUUCUGAAGCUGAAAAAAUGGAACUGAAUGGCUGCUAUUGCCUCCAGAUGUACUCCCUUCUGGAUGUUAGCCAGCCAGCAUAUUCUCAGCUCCAAUGUCUGCGUGGCUCUGAUUGCUCCAAUGAUGAGGUGACUGCUGUGACACAAGCCACCCAGAGACCUUGGGAGGCAAAGCCAACUCGAAUGCUGAUGUUGCAGCUCACUGAUGGUGUGCAGAACCUGGAGGCCAUUGAGUACCGACCCGUUCCAGCUCUUAGUGCCAACUUGCCCCCAGGGACCAAACUGCAGGUAGUGGGAAGGGUGAUGGUACGUCUUGGGGUGAUGAUGCUCAAACCAGAGAAUGUGAGGGUUCUUGGUGGAGAGGUGGAGGAGAUGAUGGAGGUGAAUUCUCAGAGUAAGGUGAUCUGCAGGACCUUAGGGUUGCCUGAGGAAAACCAUCAGCAAGAAGCAGAAGAUCAACAGGUACAGCAAGCAACAAGAAUUGAGGGAACUCUGGACAGCGGAUAUGAAAGCAUUCCAAGCAGCUUGAACUCGCAACUGAUCAGCAGGAAUGCACAUCAUCAGUUAGAAAACUCUAGACUAAGCACCCUUGAAGAAACUCCCAUUUCUAGACAGAGUGUGCCAGCUGUAGCCGAUAUUCCAGAUGAGGAGUUUGAUAACAUUCCGGAUGACUUCAUGGAUUAUCCUGAGGACAUUGACAACAUGCCAGAAGACUCUAACAAUGGGCCAGAUGAUUGGGGCGACAAUUUAGAUGACUUUAAUAAUGAUCCUGAGGACUUUGAUGACAUUCCAAUGGAAGAAUUGGAUGAUAUGAUGUCACCUACUGAUCCCAAACUCUUAGCCAGCAGUGGACAAGUAAUAAAUGGAGGAAUAAAACAACAGGCUGUUUCAAGUAAAGAUUAUGUUCAAUCAGUACAAGUCAACCAACCCCAAGCAUCAACUCAUCUUCAUUUAACCUCCAAAGAUUCUGUCAGUUGGGCAGAUCCAACUGAAAUUAUUGAAGUUGAUGCAGAUGAUGAUUCCUUGUUUUCUCCAGAACCAAAAAUAGCCAGAUAUGAGUCCAGAUCACAGGUUCCUGAUAGCAAAUGCAGCAAAAAAGCUGACACAACAAUCCUCAACCAACCCCAUGUUUCAAAUCAAGCUAGUUUAUCUUCCAGCACUCCCCUCAGCAAGGCAAAUCCGAUUGAAGUUAUUGUCAUUGAUGCAGGUGAUGACUUUUCCUUCUCACCAGGAUCAAAAAUAGCCAGAUAUGAGCCCAGAUCACAGGAUCCUGCAUUUAACCGUAGCAAAAAACCUGACACGUCAAUCCUCAACUACAUUAGUAUUUUGAAGGCUGGUGUUUGGCCACCUCAUAGUGCUCAAACAGUGCGGCUGCAUGCUUUUAUUGUCACUCUGCUGGGGAGCCUGCGCUGCAGUGGUGGGGAAUGGAAAGUCAGGGCCACCAUAUCGGAUGGGACCGGAUACCUGGAUGUGGAUCUGUCAGACAGUUUGCUGGCAAAUCUAAUUGGCCUCUCAGCAGCAGAGUCUAAGGUUCUAAGGAAGGAUCCAGCGAAGCGUGGUGUGGUGGACGCUGGGAUACAGAACUGUCAGAGGGAGCUGGUGGACAUGUGCUGUGUGAUGACUGUGCAGGUCGAUACAAACGGGACAGGUACAGUGCUGAGAGCCGAUUCACUGACGGACAGAGAGUGCUGUGAAAUACAGAAGAGGGUGAUGGACAGGAGGUCCUAACACAUGCUGCUGUUUCUCUUUUUUUAUCUGUUGUCCUAAAAAUGUUAUUGUUGCUAUUGAAUGAAAGCAGCCUGGUGUUAGUUAUCAUUAACUUACAUAACGUUAACUGAAUGACUUUUGUAAUAGAAAAUUCCACCUUCUUAAUUCAUGUCAUUCCUCUUGUAUUAUAUGAAAUUGCAUUUUAGCAAUCUUUUUUGUUGUUUUCCAGAACAGGAACAAAUCAGUCAUUCAAAUACAUUUCCAGAACUCCAGAAGUGCCAACUGUAACUCUCAGUCCAGAACGUUCUUAAAAUGUAUGCGUAACAUGCUUAUUUGUUUGUUUGUUUGUUUGUUUAUCAAUGUUUCUUUUUAAAUUUCUACUAUAAUUAAAAAAAAUAAAUAUGAA